AUGCAUUUCUCUAAGUCCAUGCUGUUGAUGACGGCGCUGACCGCUGGGUCGGCUGUCGCUCGUCUUCACGGCCACGAACGCCGCCACACUCACGCCCAACGUGAUCUUGUCGACCUCGAUAUCGAGCCCAAUGUUGCCGUUGCCGGCCAGGUCGACGACGUCGAGAAGCGUGGUGAGCAGGUCUUCGCUACCAUCGACGGCAAGCUCGUCUCCUGGAUCAACAACUGGUUCGGCGAGCAGACCUCGACCUCCGAGGCCGCUGCCGAGCCUACUGCUGCCCCCGCCACCACCACUACCGCCGCUGCCGCCACCACCACCGCCCCCAGCGCUACUGAGGCCGUCUCCAGCGUCAGCCCAACCCCCGUGUCCUCCGGUUCCUCCGGCUCCAGCAACUGGGCCGACUUCCCCUCCGACGGCAAGUUCUCCCGCGAUGGCUUCGGUGCCUCCACCUCCAGCAAGCGCGUCGGCUCCCUCGACUGGGACUACAUCGGCAACGUCGGCAGCCCCUGGGGUAGCAACAUGAUCCGUGUCGAGGAAGACACCGCCAGCCAGUACAAACACGUCCUGCGCUUCGAGAAUGAUAACGACAAGGCCUGGACCGUCGUCAUGUGGAACUCGUACGGCCCCAGCGGUGGUCUGAACGGUUUCUGGUCCCCCAACAAGGCUCUCAGCUUCACCGUCGAGCCCGGCCACAGCACUUACGUCGCCAUCGACGACAACUCUCAGGGUGGUUGGGGUGCCGCCGAGGGCGAGGGUCUCCCCACUAACUACGUCGGCGAGUACGCCUCCACCUGGGGUGAGUUCGACAUGAGCAACGAGCAGAACGGUGGCUUCUCUGGAUGGGACGUCUCCUGCAUCAUCGCUGAGCUUGCCAAAAUGGAGAUCGAUGGUAUGCAGAUUUGCGACCACGCUGGUGAGAAGUGCUCUUCCAUUAGCAAGGGUGCCAGCAAGGUCGUCAAGGCCUACACCGCUGCCGACCAGGGCAAGCCCGACCUUGCCGUCGCCCAGGGCCCUGGUCCUGUCCGCCUGGUCGUCAACCUGGGCUGGAACGCUUAA